AUGAACUUCGGCGUGGAGGCGGCGGAUCGGCUGUGGUCGCUGUGUGGCGGGCUGCGUCCGAGGGCGCCCUGGUUCGGGGGAUGCCAGACGCUGGACUGGUGCGGAGUGACCUGCUGCGUGGCCAGCACCUGCCGCCGCCUGGGCGAGUGAGGCGGAGAGCUACUCGCCGCGAUCGUGGCUGACGGGGACCGCUAGUACCGCGCCGGCGUGGUGCUGAACCUCCGUGAGUGCGAGUUCCAGGACCUCUACUCGUACAGCGCACCUGCUAGCUCCGCCAUGAGCUUGCUGGAGGGGAUCAGCUACUUCCUUACCCGGUUUCAGUGGGGUGUCCUCAAGUGCUAGGAGCGGCGCUUCUCCUUCGGGCACAACUAUUUCUUCUUCGACAGCUCCGCCUGGUGCAGGCCUCUUUUGCCGGACAGGAUGGGCAACUACUUAUCCCUACAGGAACCCUUAGUCACCCAAGUUGCAUGGGGACCAACAUAACUGCUGUACGACGGACAAAUAAAGGCUAUCCAUAGUGGACCAGCAAGCCACAA